AUGGACUCUCUCGCUCGCUCCAAGCUACGCACUCUCUCUAGGGAGGAGGAAGCCGAACUUUCAAGAAGCACAAAAAAGGUGAAGAAUAUACACCACGCAGAUUUUAAUGAAAUUUCAAGUGAGAAUGGUCAUUCUCUACAAAGCUAUAAGGACGGGGUUAUGCCCAACAAAUCCUUUAAGGACAAGUUGGUAGGAGAAAUCCUAGGAGCCUAUGCUCAAGCCUUUGACUUCUCCGAUCAAAUGGAAGAUGACGCCAACUCAGACGACCAAGUUACUGGUCUAUGUGAGGGUCUGACAGCAGUUAAACUAUCGAAGGAAAAGAAGAUUCGCAUUAGGGGUCCAUGGUCGAAGGCACUUAUUGUCAAGCUAUAUGGGAGGAAAAUAGGAUUCAACUUCAUACAAAACAAGCUCUUGCAACUGUGGAAACCCAAUGGGAGGUUAGACUGUGUGGAUUUAGGAAAUGAUUUCUUCCUAACCAGGUUUUCAGCAAAAGAAGACAUCGAGGCGGUGCUGAGAAGAGGCCCAUGGUUUAUAGGAGAGCAUUUCCUAUCCAUAAGACCAUGGGAGCCAUUUUUCAACUCGAAAGUGGCAAACGUCUCAGCUAUCGCUGUUUGGGUAAGGUUGUAUAAACUACCCAUAGAGCUUUAUGAGGCAGAAGAGCUGAAACAAAUAGGGGAAGCCAUUGGAAAGGUGCUGAGAAUUGACACACACACUGCCUUGGAGUCGCGGGGGAAGUAUGCUAGGAUGUGUAUCCAGGUUGAUGUUGGAAAGCCGCUCAUCAACACAAUCCUCAUCGGUAUAUUUGAACAAGCGGUAGCUUAUGAGGGCAUCAAUAAGCUCUGUUUUUCAUGUGGUAGAAUCGGUCACAAGAAGGAAAAUUGCCCUUACAUAAUCCGGCGAGCUGAGUCAUCGCCGGAGAAGGAGGUAUCCAGCCCAAAAGAAAAUGGUACAAGUUCACGUAGCUUGCAUGAGACAGCCUAG